GGCUGGUCGGCAGUCGCGCGCAGGCUGCCACGCGGGUCGGUUGCGUGGUGCGUCGAGCCAUGCCGCCUUGAGCUGUUACACGAGCCUCCGUCACACCGUGUCACCGACGCGGCUGCAACUGGCCGGAAAAUUUUGAAUUUUGAUUCUCAACCAUAGAUUGCCAACAGUAAACAAGAAACCAAAAGUUUAUGAGUGAGCUGGAUCAUAUCAGACAUAAAUUUACCAGUGGAGUGUAGUGUUAAAUGUGACGAAUUUAAAAUGCGGCGUGGUAAAGCUUUGUUAGAAGGGAAUAGGCAAGGGUCUGUCGACGGUGGUGGUGAGAUGGCGAAUGAUAAGGAGUUGGUUCACAAGUGCCAUAGUGACCCAGGUGGGGGCCGGGCCUUAGGGGCCACCCCUAGGGCCCACAGGCAUCGAUCCGCUUCGGGCGCGCCGAGGAAAUGCGUGCUCACAUUGGACGGGUACUCGUAUGUUAUUGAAACCCGCGACUUUACAACGCAGAUAGGUAUAUGUAAUAAGCUGAUGGUUGGUGUUCCAGUGGCGAGUCCCCCGGGCGGCGGAGCUCCGCGAGAGGAGGCCCCCCGCCCGCCUCCGCCCCCCGCACCCCGCAACGGCACACCCCCCAAACAAGGCGCUCUCACGAUCGUGCGUCGCUCCUCAAGCAGGGGAAAGACAGAAAGUUGUUCGACACCCACCGACGAACAGCUGGACCAACUCGACUUAGACACUGAACACUUGCCCGCCGUCGACACGCCCGAUGCCUGCGACAAAGCCGCACUUAGAUUACGCUAUCUUUUAAGACAAUUAAACCGAGGUGAAAUAUCAGCAGAGACACUCCAAAAAAACUUACAGUAUGCCGCCAAAGUGCUCGAAGCUGUUUACAUAGACGAGACCAAGGAUAGGAGAGAUCCAGAGCAGCCGCGUGCGCCGACGACGACCCUUCACAAGCGACGCCUGCGCACUCCUUGCUGGGCCAGAUGCUCAGUUGAGAAACCGAACGAAGCAAAACCGGCAGUGGCGCGUCAGCAGUCGGCUCCUACCCUGGUGUUUAGGAGAUUGGCUGAUGAAGACGAUGAGUUAUCAGAAGUCCAACCUGAUGCUGUGCCUCCUGAAGUUAGAGAAUGGCUGGCUUCAACCUUCACGCGGCAACUGGCGACGGCUAAGCGGAAGUCUGAUGAGAAGCCCAAGUUUCGAUCGGUGGCACACGCUAUCAGGGCUGGUAUCUUCGUGGACAGAAUCUACAGGCGCGUCACCAGUACCGCGUUAAUGCAGUUCCCACAAGACGUGGUUAGAGUACUUAAGACAUUAGACGAGUGGUCGUUUGACGUGUUUGCUCUCCAUGAGGCUUCGUGCGGCGCACCCGUCAAGUACCUGGGGUACGAGCUGCUCAACAGAUAUGGAAUGAUACACAAAUUUAAGGUCCCGCCCACAAUACUGGAGAACUUCCUAAGCAGGAUAGAAGAAGGCUACUGCAAGUUCCACAACCCUUACCACAAUAACCUUCACGCCGCUGAUGUAGCACAAACUGUCCAUUACAUGCUGUGCCAGACGGGGCUCAUGAACUGGCUGUCAGACUUGGAGAUCUUCGCGACGCUGGUAGCAGCUGUAGUCCACGAUUUCGAGCACACAGGCACCACGAACAACUUCCACGUCAUGUCAGGGUCGGACACAGCCUUGCUGUACAACGACAGGGCUGUAUUGGAGAAUCACCAUAUCAGCGCUGCUUUUAGGCUCAUGCGCGACGAGGAGUGCAACAUCCUUCAAAACCUCUCCAGGGACGAGUUCCGCGAGUUCCGAACCCUGGUCAUCGAUAUGGUGCUGGCCACAGACAUGUCGUUCCACUUCCAGCAGCUAAAGAACAUGAGGUCGCUGCUGACCCUCGCUGAGCCGACCGUUGACAAGUCGAAGGCAGCGUCCCUGGUGCUGCAUUGUUGUGAUAUCUCGCAUCCUGCUAAGAGAUGGGACCUCCAUCACCGAUGGACAAUGAGCCUCUUAGACGAGUUUUUCCUCCAAGGAGACAAAGAAAGGGACUUGGGGUUGCCAUUCAGCCCACUCUGUGACAGAAACAACACGCUAGUAGCUGAAUCUCAGAUUGGUUUCAUAGAAUUCAUCGUGGAGCCAAGUAUGGGAGUGUGUGCUGAUAUGUUGGAGUGUAUACUGGGGCCUCUGCACUCCAGUUCGAAAAAUUCCACAAGUACUCCUGCGCAUGAGCCAAUCAAUGAAGAAAAUCCAGAUAAACCAAGAACUGAAAGUAAUAAAUUCAAGAUCAGAAAACCGUGGAUAGCGUGCCUCAGUGACAAUAAGAAAAUAUGGAAGGAACAAGCGACAAAAGACGCCGAAGCCAGAGCCAAGCAAGAGGAAGAAGACGCGGCGCCCGCGCCGACAGAAGAAUAAUAUAUGGCCACACUUGUAAAUAGUGUUAAAUCUAGCUGUUACAAUGUAUUGUAUUCUUUAUUGUUCAAGAAGAGCUAAACUGUGCGUUCUGAAGUACGUAACGUACUUCUGAAGAUUCAACAGGACUGAUACUUUUAGCAUUGAUGGUAAUUAAGUCAUUUUAACAGUAGCUAAAUGCCUGAAUAUUAAUUAUGUGACUAAAACAGUGAACUAAAGGAUAGAAUUGUCAUCAACGCUAAAAUAUAAUGGCUACUUUAUGCUGAAGUAACAACAUAGUAGACUAUACCUAAUUCUGCUGCAGAUUAUGUAAUGUGUCACAUUUUUAUUGCCUUUUCAAUGGCUACAAAUGCUAAAAUGUACGUUAUAAUAUAAAAAUAUACCUAGACGAUCUAUUAAUAAGUCGAAACUGCUGAUAUAUUUCGACUCUCAAUUUUAAAUCUUAGAGCAUAAAUUAGCUUGUCGUCAUAAAAUAUCUGUCUGAUGCAACCUAGAAGCUGCAGCUAGGGUUGUUAUUUCAGCAUAAAACUAAGAAAAAAAAUCAGAUUCCUGAUGAAUUAUUGAGUUCACUAGAAUCCCCUGGGUAAGGCGAAGGGAUUCUGGUGUACAAACUGCUAAGGACGUUACGACGCACAAAUUAUGAACUCUAUAGCACAAAGCCUGAAUUGUAUAAUAUCUCUCUGUGGAAGACAACAUAGUGAGCCAUUUUUGUGAGGUGACCCUGCGGUCUGCCAUUAGACUAAGAUUGUUGUGAUUUACCGUUUUAUUUUCAUUGAACGCUUAAAGACGAUGUAAUUUACUAAAUAAUGUCGUGAGAAUACGUGAAGACAAGCAAGCAAGAGUAUACUUAACUUAAUAUAAGUCUAGCUUAAAAAGAGCAACAUCUGAGUACAGAAUCAGUUUCCUCAAUAACUAUUUGUACGGUUUCUAAAUAUCAUUACAUCGCCUCUAAAUGUUUCAACGUUGUAAAUGUCUUUUGUUGCUCCUUCAAUUGUUAUUCUUCUUGUUAUUCGAUUAUCAAGCAUAGCCUAAUAUUUGUGAACAAUAUCAGAUCUCUAAUAUAAUAUUUAAAUGUGACUGCUUCGAGCAAUGGGACAAGUCAAUUAAAAACGAGAAUUUGAAAAAUUCUCCAAUUUACGAAAACUAAAAAAUAUAUUGAAUAACGGCAAUUUAUUUUUUUAUUAAUAAAUAAAAAAUAAUAUUGAUUUCAAACUCAAAUUUCCUCAUAUGAGGAAUAUUUUUACAUUCUUGUUUUUAAUUGUCUAUUCCCACCAUUCCUGCUAUGUGCUUAUUUAUAUUAUGUACCUACGUAUAGUCGACCAACACAAUUAACGCUAUUGUGUCUGACAAUUUUAUCUUAGCUAAAGAAUGUGUAAUAAUUUAUUAAUGUUGUACUUAAUGCAUAAUAACGGUCGAUUGUACAGCAAAUGUACCUUUAUCCAAACAUACUCAUUUGUACAAAAUACUGACUUAUUUCUUUUAGGUUUAAGAGCUAAUAUUGUAAGUACUUCUCUAUGAACGCUGGUUACGGAGCAAAAAAAUAUAUCCUAUCAUGUGCACUUCUCUUCUACGAAAAGAACACCUUAAUAUACAUUAUAUAGAAAAAUAUUAACUACCUAAUCAAAUAAUAUACAAUGCGUUCCUUCUAUUUUUGCCGGUACGUGGAAUUAUUUACUUGGUAAUUAAUUCGUAAUUGCUAUAUUUUUUAGGUUAUAAAUUAUUAUGUAUGUCGACUCUAUCAGUCAUAAUUUCAUCAUAUUAAAUAGUGAUGUGAUGACACGACUGAUAGAGUCGACAUGCUUGUUCCGUGUCGACAACAUCCGACAACAAGAACAAGUCUAAUCACGUCUUCUAAAAAAUUGGCUACCUCAAUGUGUUCAUUGAGGUGUUUGGGCGCUCAGAAUAAACGAACAGAUUAGCAAUUGUUUUCUUUGCAAUUCUAUUUUAUCUAACCACUUAUUAUAGUGAAUAACGCAAAUUAACCACGGACCGAAAAGAUAUAUAGGAACUAUUAAAAUACGUAGCUUAAUUGUUAGAAUAAAUGAAACCCAUAUAAAAAAUACGCUUAUUAAUUUUAAUGUUUCCGAUAAAAUUGGAGUCUUGAUAUUUCUGACCAAAUGUUAUUUAACCGACAUUAAUUUCUAAUUGCCAUCUCAAAUUCUAGAUAUAGGGGUAGCAUUAUUACCUAUAGUUAGCUGAAAACAUAUUACAAAGUGUAAGAUCAGCUAUAUUUACAAAACAUGUAGCUAAAAAUAUGUAAUAUGUAUUUACGUAAUCUUACUAAUUAAUUAUAUGUAUAAUUCUUAAGUAGAAUAUUCGAGCCAAAAUCUUGUUCGCGCUCAAAAUCUGAAUUGCUGACUAGGGUUACCAAAAUCUGUUAACACACUGAAAUUUAUUGCUUUAUCUUUAAAAUAUAUUACUGAUAUUCACCUAGAUGACGAUAAGUGUAAAUAGAUAAAUAAAAUUUAAAUGAUUUUUACAAACUCUUGGAUGUUUUCCCGUCAUUUCUGGAAAGUAAUUCCUGUAUUAUAAUAAUGGCAGUGUAAUGAUGCCCUUAAUUGCCUUAAGACUAAAGAAGGAAAGCACCUAUAAGUAAGCAAAGAGUGACGAUUGGUAACCCUAGAUGAAAAUAUAGUACCUUCGCGUAGACUGAUGGAUGGAGAUUGGAUGUAGUCUGAAAUUAUGCAGAGUAUAUGAAUAUGGAGAAUAUGUAUAUUAUAUUAUGAAAAGAAAAUUGUGAAGGACCUAACCUAAUUGUACCGUCCUUCUGAUAGUUUAAAUGUAUGUAUUUACCAGGAAUCCAUAUCUUUGCUAUACAAAGAUGGCCAAAGUGUAAGCCAAGAAUAAUCCUAAUAUAACAGAACGAGCUGUCAAUGUUAUAUCACAGGCCUAUUUCCUUGUAGGUACAUGGGACCAUUCUCAUUGGAUAUCAAGUCGAAAACCAUAAUCAUGAUAAUUUUAGGUCCCUACUAUUAUUUCUGGGAUAGUAAGGUUAGGAUAAACCCAACUGGUGACGCUUAUUGUAGAAAAAUAACAAUAGAACUUUUUAUAAUAUUUAUCAACUAUAUAAAUUAUAUAGAGUUUAUGGAUAUUCUGUGCAUUUAGUGUAUCGAUUCGUUGUUUUAAGAAUAAUCGAUUAAUAGUUGUAGUCGAUGCCAUUUUGAUUGGGGAUAUAGCUUUAUGAAGAUGUAGAAUUUAGAAUACUGAGCCUUAAGGACAUAAUGUUUAAUUGUGACUUGGUCGUUGUUUCUAUAUUUAGCUUACGGCUCAUAAAGAUACUUAUAACGUACUGUAGGUACAUUUUUACGAACCCUGAUUUGAAAAAAUCUUUGGCAUUUUAAGUUCUCCGCUUAUAACCCAAAAUCUAGAUAAUAUAGUUACAAUAUAUUUCUUUUAUGGAAUAGAAUCAACAUUUACGCUUUUCUCGUUCUCAACACUAUACUUAGGUAGGUACCUACCUACUCUAAGUAGGUAGGUAUGUAACAUUCCAGAUAUUUACAUAAAAUAUAAUAAAAUGUUAAAUGACUACAUACACUUUUUCGUAUACGACAUCAAUCAAAUGGGAUUGAUAACACAAAAAAUUGAUUAAGUAUGCAAAAAAGGACGUUAUCCAUCCUCCGAUCUACUGAAGUCGAAAAUUUCAGAUUAUUUUAUAUACUUACCUAAAUAAAUGUUUCAUCCCUAAUAAUGAGCAUAACAUGUAUUACGAUAAACAAAGUUAUCAGGAUAACAAAUAUCUACACGAAAUUAAAAAAAAAAUAAAGUUUCGACGUUUAUAUAUCGCUAAGAACACGUUUGAUUUUUCAAAUAUAAAAACCUAAAAAAAGUUAAAGAAAUCCAUCUGUUUGUUCAAAUCCACAGACAAACAGAGUCAAAUUUUAUAUUAAUUCGGGUUUAAAAAUAGAAUUCAGUUUGAUUUAAUUAUAUAUAAUUACUCAUGAAUAAUACUGAAAUAUAUUGUGAAUGAAUUAUGAAUAAUUCUUAAAUCAAUAACUCCCGAAUGGUUUUGUGGACUUUCUACCUAAUAAUGUAGUCUCUAUAGUGAGCGUGAUUGUUACAAAUAAUAAUACAAGUAAUUUAUAGGCAUCUGCAUUUAAUAAGUUUCCCUAAAUAAAGGUGUUAAGAGGGCGUUCCCGGCACACUAGCGCCGCCAUUUUCUUUCACAUCUUUACCAAUUUCUUUUAAUCGAAGCGAAGUCUAAAGACAGACACAGGAGAUUAAGCUGCACUAGUUAUAGGUUUUUAUUAGAUAGUAUAAAAGUUUUCCGUUAAACAAAAUGUAGUCACAAUUUACGACAAGGAUUUUGGUGGUGACCGUUUCCUUUAUUGUAAAUUGUGGCAACUGUGUCCAAUAAAAAACUAUAAUUAGGUACUAAUAAAAUCAAUUAGUUAGUGUAGCAUAAUUUAUAGUAUCACAUUUUUAGUUGUUGCUAAUAUUUGAUGAUGGCGCUAGUGUACCAGUUGGCCCAGUCUCGAUGUCCCUACUAAAUAAAUUAUUGUAUAUACAUCUUAAUAUGCAGUUGUCAAAGCAUAAGGCCCAAUUAAGUAAGGCCGAUUAAAUAAGGCCGAUUUUGGCCCAAUAUCGAUAACUAGAUAAAAUGUUAGAUAUACCUACAAUGUUUUUUUGUUUACUUUUAUUAUGAAUCCUAUCAUCCUAUACUACAUUAUCUUAUACAUUUUAAACGCAUUUAUGGAAUAGAAAUUCAAACCUACUAAGGUUUCAUAAAUGUGCAAUUUUUAAGACAAUGAGUAAAAUUAAAAAGCUUGAUUUUCACAUUUUCGUGUACAGUUAACGAGACGUCAAAAUAAUCUGCGUGAACUCUAUGCGAUGGUGAUAGCGACGUAUUUUCAACGAAUUUGGAUGUCUUGACGUGUUGUUGACUGUGCCAUGAUUGAAUUUUGCAAUAAUAGCACAAAUGUUACUGGACAAUUUUUUUGUGGCUAUUGAACUGUCAAUCUUAUCCAAAAGUGUAUGUAUAAAAUAAUAUUUACCAAAAACUUUAAUGUGCAAUCUCAAGUUGUGGUUUAUUGUUUCUCUUUCUUGAAUGUAAAUAAAAAUAAACACCUCUAGGUAUGUGUAAAUUAUAUGUAAAAUAAAAUAAACAUUUUCGUAGAA